ACACUUCACUUCAGAGUUGCUCUGUUUUCCUCCAUUUCUCGAUUAGGGUUAGGUACUGCGAGGAAGAAGAAGAGGAAGGAGAAGAAAAAUCAAGAAGGGAAUAGGAAAAAUGGGGUUCUCAAUGCAGCCAUACGGGAUUUAGGCUAUGCUGAAAGAAGGGCACAAGCAUCUGUCUGGUUUUGAGGAGGCAGUUCUGAAGAAUAUUGAUGCUUGCAAGGAGCUCUCUGCUAUCACACGCACAUCUCUAGGCCCUAACGUUUUAUUUUCCAAAUUAUUCAAUAAUUUUUUAUUUUUUGGAUUUGAAAUGAAUGAAACAGAGGAUGGUGUCGAAUUACUCACUGUUAAGAGAGCAAAUCCGCCAACAUAAAACCAUGAACUUGUUACUUUCCCCCAUUUGAGCAGUUUUUAUUUGUCUUGUUUCUCUGAUUCUUUUUUCUAUAGAAGGGUUCCGUAAUUUUCCUUGUAAUUUCUUUGAACUCAGGUAUGAAUAAGAUGGUUAUAAAUCAUUUGGACAAGCUGCUUGUCACAAAUGAUGCUGCUACUAUUGUAAAUGAGGUUGAGGUUCAACGUCCUGCUGCCAAGAUAUUGGUUCUGGCAGGGAAGGCUCAACAGAAAGAAAUUGGUGAUGGUGCUAAUUUGACCAUUUCGUUUGUUGGAGAGCUCCUCCAAAAUGCAGAGGAGCUAAUUAGGACUGGCCUGCAGUCCUGCACCCAAGUGAGAUCAUCAGUGGAUAUACCAAAGCUAUAAACAAGGUUUCCUCAAUGCAUUGGCAACGGGAUGGAAUGGAAAGAUAAUUCUCAACCUUUUUGGAUACAUUAAACUGUUCUAAUACCUAUUUCUAAUAAAUGCAGACUGUUGAGAUUUUAGGUGAGCUAGUAGAGAAAGGUUCAGAGAGUAUGGAUGUCAGGAUUAAGGAGCAAGUUAUCACCAGAAUGAAAGCUGCUGUUGCUAGCAAGCAAUUUGGACAAGAAGAUGUUUUGUGUUCCCUUACAGCUGAUUUAAUAUUAAUUGACCAUCCUAUGCAUUUUUUCCAGUGAGUGGUUAUUUUAUUAGCUCUUUGUCUAAUUGUGGCAACCAUUUUCUUCCCCCCUUUUGUACCGAAGGCAUGUAUCCAAGUUUGCUCCAAGAACCCAGCAAGUUUUGAUGCUGAUAAUGUGUGUGUUGCAAAGCUCUUGGGAGGAGGUCUGCAUAACAGCACAAAUGCAUAAUAGUUUGGGGUAUGGUUUUGAAAAACGAUGCAGUGGGAAGUAUAAAGCAAAUGGAGAAGGCAAAGGUAGCUGUGUUUGUUACAGGUGUUGAUACCUCAGCCACUGAAACAAAAGUAACUGUCUUAAUCCACAGUGCUGAACAGCUAGAGAAUUAUGCAAAAACUGAGGAAGCUAAGGUUGAGGAGCUCAUCAAAGCAGUGGCAGAUUCUGGUGCCAAAAUUAUUGUUAGUGGUGAAGCAGUUGGUGAAAUGGCAUUGCAUUUUUGUGAGCGUUACAAGUACAUCGACCUUCCUAGUUCUUUUUUUCUUUUCCAUAAUAAUUCUCAACUUUGUUCUUUCUUGUCUUCAUCAGAAUCAGAUGCAAGCUUACUAAAGGACUUUGAUAGUUGAUGGCCAAAAAAAAUGUUUGAUACACUAUUUUUGAUAUUUGUAGAUGUUUUUGUCUCGAUCCUCCAUAGCAUUGGCUUCUAAUUUUGAAGUUUCUCCUUGCAGGCUAAUGGUCUUAAAAAUCAGCUCAAAGUUUGAACUGCGAUGAUUUUGCCACACAACUGGUGCUGUUGCUCUUGUAAGCAAGUCAUUUCUAGAUUAUGUUAGGAACUGUAUAUUUUGCUCUCUAACAUACCUGAGUUUUUCCAAGAGUUGAAACUCAGCCAGCCAAAGCUAGAUGACCUGGGAUAUGUUGAUUCAGUUUCGGUUGAGGAAAUUGGUGGAGUUUAGGUCACUAUUUUACGAAGUGAAGAAGGUGGAAACAGAGUUUCUACUCUGGUUCUUCAAGGAAGUACUGAUAGUAUAUUAGAUCAUCUUAAGAGAGCCAUUGAUGAUGGAGUGAAUAUGUAUAAGGUUUUUUGCUCUUAAAUAUGCUGCAGAUGCUGCUUGCACCGUAUUAUGAGUAGACCAGAUUAUAAUGGCAAAACCAGCUAGUGGUCCGAAAGAGAGAGCAACCUGCCAGAAUGGAUGACGACUAGCGUCUGCACUGAAGUCGAUCAAUUGUCUUCAUAUUGUAUCUCACUGAGCUGGUUCUGAACUUGUUUAUGCAUCUCUUGUUUUCUUUUGGAUGCCCAAGAACUUUGGCUUGGAAAUUUUUUUUUUUAAUUUUAAAAAAGAAAAAUUUCUUGUUCUUUCUUCAACUGUUACUUGAAUCUCUUCAAUGGCUGUAAUGCUCUACUGAAAA